ACAGUGUGCUGUCUGAGAUUGAGGUUCUCCAGUCCAUCUAUCUGGAAGAGCUGCAGACUAACAAGAGAGAUGACGGGUGAGCCACUCAGUUUGAUGAUAGCCCAGGCCACAGAGCACCACUAAGACCUCACUUCUAUGGCAGCAGGAUUUUGCUGACUCAUGAAUCUAUAUGAAUACCAGCUGUAGCCUGGUUGCAGAUCUGUUUGUGCUGGUGUGGCAUAGCAACAAAUGACAGCUUAAGCACGUACAGUACAGAUCUGUGACCCGACUAGAAUACUAUAGGCACACAAACACCCACCAUUGUAUCAGAGGUGGAGUGUACUAUGUUUUAUGUAGCAUCAGGAGGAUGGGCCAGAUAGAGGGAGAUUACAGGUCUGUUGCAUCACGCUCAGCUGAUUGUUGCGUUCCCUCCUCUGUGUUCAACAUCCUGUCCUCCCAACUGCUCUCUGGAGAGGUCUAUCAGCGUUCACGCUUAAACAUCUCUUUCUGCUCUCUUUUCUAUCCCCGGUUGUUUAACUAUAACGUAUGACUGAUUAGCCUCCCCUGGCCAAUAGAUAAGAGUAGAUGAAUAGCUGAUAGACUUUGAAGUGUGUGCGUGUGUGUGUUUAAUUGACAUUCUCUGUUGCUCUCUCUUAUAGGGGAUGGGAGGUGAGCCUGGUUCUAUACCCCUCCACGGGUGAAGAUUCCCUCUCUCAGUUUGUGCGACUCACCCUAACUUUGACUCUCGACUUGCAGGUAUGCUCAUAUUCUCUUCUUCCUUUGCAAUCCAUUUGAUUGGACAAAUAAUUCCCCAUCGCCUGGCUUCGAGCAUGCAUUUAGGUUUCUUGUGUAAAAAAAAUAUUUAGUUUUGUGUACCCCCUAGAUAUACUGGCCUUCCCUGCUCCUGGAGAGCUACCUACAGGGUGUGUACACUUUUGUGUAUUGGUGCAGGGAUGUAACAAAAGCCUGCUUACCCAGUAGCUCUCCAGGACCGGAGUUGAGGGGUCCCUGUGUGAGUCUUGAGCUAACUCUCCAUGUAGCAACAACACUUCCUGUCAUAUUGUUUCUCUCUGACUCAUGUGAAAGUUUUUCCUCAUGCUUUCAUAAUGUCCUGUCCUUAGAACCCUGCCCUGUCCCUUUAAUUCUCAGGACAUGCCACUUCCAAAUGUUACACACUGAUCUCUCUCUAUCUCGCUCUCUUCCUAAGUAUCCCUCCUCUCCUCCCUCCAUUUCCAUCCACAACCCUCGGGGUCUUUCUGAUGACAAGCUGUGCAGGUAACUAGAGUAAAUCUGUUGUUCUCCAUCUUAGGUUCAUUGUAUUCUUAUCCACUGCUCUGAUGAAGGGUAGUUUCAUUUUGUAUGUGUCCCCUGUUGCUUGUAUUGCUCCAUGAUUUGUCUCUCUCUUCCAGUGUGCAGAAAUGUCUGCAGACAGAGGCGGAGUCCUGCCUGGGUUCCCCUGUGUUGUACCAGCUCAUUGAGGCCAGUUCUCUCUCUCUCUCUCUCUCCCUUUUUUCCCCCCUUCCUCUCUCCCUCAUUUUCUCUUUCUCUCAUUCUCUCUGUUCUUAUUUGAAAUCUUUUAGUUGGAGACCACAGUAAUUUAAGAACUAUAUUUGUGAUAUUAUAAUUAGAACUGUGGAUCGAGGAUGCCCUUUGUCCUGAUUUUUUUUCAUUUAGAAAUGUAUAAAUGGAGAUGAAUAUCAAGUACCUGACUCGGUCCCUCUUUUCUGUCUCUCAGAAAGCCAAAGAGAUCCUGACGGAGAGUAAUAUUCCACAUGGGAACUGCGUCAUCUGCCUUUACGGAUUUAAGGUGGGCUGUUUAAUUAGUAUUACCAUUAGUCCACACAAGAUGAAAGUUUAAACUAGUCUUCCUGUUUGAAACUCUCUGUAGCCCAUGUUUACACCAAUCCAAUGCUUUUGAAAUCCAUGUGGGGGAGUGAGCAAGUGGACCCAAAAUGGGACCGCAGCAUUGUGUGAUGUAAACCUUGUCCUCCCCUAUGUCUUUCUGGUCUGUCCCAGGAUGGGGAGGCGUUCACCAAGACCAGAUGCUACCACUACUUCCACUCCCACUGCCUAGGCCGCUACAUCACCCACUCUGAGACUGAACUCCAGGAGCGGGAGAAGGAGCUGGAGCAGGACAAGACACGGGAGAGGACCGACGAUGAGGUGAGAUCAAGUAUCCAUAUGCAGCGGUGGAAUUGAGGGGGAGCGCCUGAGAGUUCCUGAAGUGAAACACAAUUUUUUGGGGGAUGGGGAUUUUUUUUUUUAGCUAUAUUCCUGGAGAUUUUACAGUGAUGAUUCACUUUGUGGUGAUUUUCUUUCUCCCUCCCCCUGUAGGAGCUAACGGUUGUGUGUCCCGUGUGUAGAGAACCUCUGACUUACAACGUUGACCAGCUCCUGUCUAAUCCCGCCCCUAGCUUUCCAAAGGUAAAGACACAAUUGCACACACUGACAACAUACUGUACUCUUGCAGCUGUUCUUUUUUCUCUACAGCACUGUACUAUAUAUUUAUUUCAUGGCUUGCAAUUUUAACUACACCACUUACUUGAGGGACACAAAACCCCUUAAAUUAUAGUGGCUACUAUUGCAAAUAAAGCCAUGCAUUUGUGCUGACCUCUACUCAGCUGGAGGGAGCGGUGAUAGGGGUGGAGUUCCGGCAGAAGUGGGCUGAGCUCCAGAACCUUUUGGAGCGUCAGAAAGCAAAAGGCGGGAUUAUCGACACAGAGGCGGAGUCUAACCGCUUCCUCAUACACAUUAAUGAGGUAAGGAAGCAAGGCGGGGCUUAGCAACAAAUAUUUGCUGAAGUGUGUGUGCGCACUUUCCUGAUAAGAUACAUUAAUUAAACAACGUUGCGACUUGUUUUUCACAGCCGCCUCCCAACUCAGACAUCAGCGCUGACGGGGAUGCCUCUCUCAGCCAAUCACUGCCCUCCCUUCCCCCUGCCUCCACCAAUCAGAUCACAGCACCACAGCUGCAGCACGCUGGCCACUCGCAUCGCAGGGGAGGGCCAGGUCACCAGUGCCAUCACCAGGGGCCGCAGGGCCACUUCAGGGGCCCCAGGAGGAGAGGGAGAGGCAGGCCCCACACCCACCCAGGGAGACCUGUCCCCCCCACUGACCAUCUGGACAAACUCUCUCUGUCCUCAGAGAAACAUGACAACUUCCACAGUGCUCCUCCUGCCAACUCUCAUGACGCACCAAACAAAGCCAGACUUCAGGAGAACUCUAGCCACCCAGAACUGGGACAAGCACAGUUAAGCCAAUUGGAGAAGGAAGAAGGGGAGGGACGUACAGAGCUAGGCCAACAAGAGGCUCCAGUUCCUAAAGACGGUCAGCCAAUAAGGAAAUCAAGCCUGGACACCUCUAAAACGGACAUCCCACCUAGCAAUGACAUGGAAAUGGAGGCUGGGCUAGGCCAUAGGGAGAGGGGAAGGAGGAGGGGCCCUCGCGGUUCAGCGCAACAGCCUGACCAAAGGCAGGAGAGGCAUUUCAGAGGAACGGACCAAUGGGAUGCUCGGGGGGGCGGGUACCAUCGCUACUGGAACGGGCGAGGUCAGCGAAGCAGGGGAGGUGUCAACUACCCCCGUAGCAGAGAAGGUGGGGCUCACAUGGCUGGUGGGAGGGGCUUCCAUCAGAGAGUGGGAGAGGGAGAGGUGGGGAGAGAGGGUGCUGCUCUAUGACAAAGGGACAAAGGAGGAACUAAGAACAACUAUGUCUGCACCUCCAUUUACAUUCUCGACACACCUAAAAUAAAGCUUUGCACUGUCUGGCACCUAAGUGAACCGGUGUGUCCUGC